AUGCAUCCCGGCAAGCUGCAGCGUGCGCUCUCCUGUGUUUCCUAAUGAUUCUUCUCCCUCGUUGACCCGCGCGCGCCUUCACUAAUUUCACGACUGACGAGUAAUUCUGCCCUCGACCCCUUUCGCUUGCCCCACGCUACGACGCACGCACCCCCCUCGAGUAUCGACCGCCAGACCGACGCCGAACCGCGCCUCCACGCUGUCUGGCUACCUCUCCACCGGGAACCGCCCGCCGCAGGGCAUCGCUCGACGCUCGACAUGGCUUCAGGAUCUGGUGGCGGGAGUUUGUUCAGCCGGAACAACUCAGGCAAUGUUCCGACCAUGCGAGGCCUGGUCUCGUUCAUUGCGGACCUCCGAAACGCAAGAGCGAGGGAGCUGGAAGAGAAGCGCAUAAACAAGGAAUUGGCAAACAUACGACAGAAGUUCAGAGACGGCGGACUGAAUGGCUACCAGAAGAAAAAAUACGUCUGCAAGUUGCUAUAUAUAUACAUUCUGGGCUGGAACGUGGAUUUUGGACACCUCGAAGCCGUCAAUCUUAUAUCGGCCACGAAAUACUCGGAGAAGCAAAUCGGCUACCUUGCGGUCACCCUCUUCCUACAUGAAGAGCACGAGCUGCUACACCUGGUUGUUAACAGCAUACGGAAGGAUCUCCUGGACCACAAUGAGCUGAACAAUUGUCUGGCAUUGCAUGCGAUUGCCAACGUGGGCGGGAAAGAGAUGGGAGAGGCGCUCAGCGGCGAUGUCCACCGGUUGUUGAUUUCACCGGCAUCGAAAGCAUUCGUGAAGAAAAAGGCUGCGCUCACCCUGUUGCGCUUGUACCGGAAGUACCCAAACAUUGUCAUGAACGAAUGGGCGGAACGAAUAAUAUCGCUCAUGGACGAUCCAGACAUGGGAGUCGCGCUCUCCGUCACUUCUUUAGUCAUGGCUUUGGUUCAGGACAACCAGGAACAAUACAAAGGAAGUUAUGUGAAAGCGGCGAAUAGGCUCAAACGGGUCGUCGUUGACGGGGAGUGCGCAGAGGGUUACUACUACUACAAAGUGCCGUGUCCGUGGAUACAGGUCAAGCUGCUCAAAUUAUUGCAGUACUACCCACCGCCAGAAGAUUCACAUAUCCGAAAGCUCAUCCGCGAAGCAUUACAAAAGAUCAUGGAUUCUGCACUCGAGAUGCCAAAGAACGUACAGCAGAACAACGCCCAAAACGCGGUGCUAUUUGAAGCUAUUAACUUAGUCAUUCAUCUAGACACCGAACAAGAUCUGAUGGUUCAAAUCUCUACACGUCUAGGAAAGUUCAUCGCAUCCCGAGAGACAAACGUGCGAUAUUUGGGAUUGGAAGCUAUGACACAUUUGGCUGCGCGUGCUGAAACACUCGACCCCAUCAAGAAGCACCAAUCCAUCAUUAUUGGGUCAUUAAGAGAUAGGGAUAUCAGUGUGCGACGGCAAGGUCUGGAUCUUCUAUACAGCAUGUGUGACAUGACGAAUGCGCAAGCCAUCGUCCAGGAACUCCUCCGAUAUCUCCAAUCGGCCGACUACGCCAUAAGAGAAGAGAUGGUGCUCAAGAUAGCCAUUCUGACUGAAAAGUACGCGACCGAUGUGCAAUGGUAUGUCGAUAUAUCACUACGACUUAUUUCCAUGGCUGGCGACCACGUUAGCGACGAAGUAUGGCAGAGGGUCACACAAAUUGUCACGAACAACGAGGAGCUCCAGAUAUACGCCGCGCAGAACAUCCUACAGUACGUCAAGUCUGACUGCCACGAAACCCUGGUCAAGAUAGGUGGGUAUCUGCUCGGAGAAUUUGGUCAUUUGAUCGCAGACAACAAGGGCUGCAGUCCGAUUGAGCAGUACAUGGCGUUGAAUGGUAAGAUGCGAGGCUGUUCAUCGAGCACGAGAGCGAUAAUACUUUCAUGUUUCGUGAAGUUUGUGAACUUGUUCCCUGAGAUCAAGCCGCAGCUAUUGCAGACGUUCCGCGCGUAUAGCCACUCGCUGGAUUCUGAACUGCAGCAGCGAGCAUGCGAAUACCUUGCGAUGGCGACCAUGCCCACAGACGAUCUGCUGCGGACCGUGUGUGACGAAAUGCCGCCGUUCCCCGAGAGAACAUCAGCGCUCUUGUCCCGGUUGCAUCAAAAGCAUGCCGGUACGAGCGACAAGCGUACUUGGGUGGUGGGUGGCAAGGAUGCCAAUACAGACCUAAAGGAACUAAGUAUUGCGCACCAACCCACCGGAUUAAAGAGGAGUUUCACGAACGCCACGCCAAGAGACAACGCAACGAGCGCGACAAAUGGAACUAAUGGCGUAAAUGCUCUUUCGAGCGAUCUGGCCGGACUCGAUAUGAGCAUUGACACGAACAAAGUCCUAAAGGCCCCGAACCUUGCGAGCGCUGCACAUCUCAGCCCAGACUGGGAAAUUGGUUACUAUCGUCUACUACUCCGGUCAGAAGGCGUGCUGUACGAGGAUGCACAGAUUCAGAUUGGCCUCCGCACAGAAUACCGAGGGCAGCUUGGAUGCCUUAUUUUCUACUUCGCCAACCGAUCACCCUUUCCUAUGGGCUCAUUCACGACCACGCUUGAUAACAGAGCGGCGGAAACCCUCAAGACAGAUAUCAAGGGCUUACCAGAUACGGUCAUCCCGCCCGAGGGGCAGACCCAGCAAACCAUUAUGUUCGAGGCGAAGAACGUCUUUGAAGAUCCGCCUACCAUCCGUAUAUCAUACCUCGCUGGCUCGCUUCAGGCAUUGACCCUUCAAUUGCCCGUAUAUCUCCACAAGUACAUGGAUGCUGCCGAGCUCAGUGCUGAAGACUUCUUCAAAAGAUGGAAACAGAUUGGAGGCGCGCCACGCGAAGCCCAACGCAUCUUCGGACUCGUGAACAAGAACCGCACAAUGAGCAUGGAGUUUGUGAGAAGGGUAGUACAGGGAUUCAAAUGGGGCAUUCUGGACGGCGUGGAUCCGAAUCCCAAGAACCUUGUUGGUGCUACGGUAUUGCACACGUCGGAUGGCAAGUUUGGGUGUCUGCUUAGACUUGAGCCGAACAUGGACACUCAGAUGUUCCGCAUCACCAUUCGGGCGACUGAUGAAGGUGUUCCACCAGUCCUGAUCAAGGCAAUGGAAGAGCGCUUGUCGCAGGGCAUCGAGGGCGUAUUGUAAUGGACCGACAUCGUCGACUUGCUCGUGGGGCUUUUUCGUGUAAACACAUCUAGGGACAGGCGCGUAAUGUCCUGCAAAGCGUUCGGAUGUUGUCAUGUGCUUUUGCGUGCAUAUGCGUGGAGCGAUAUGAUGAAAAGCUACGGUGGAUUGCCGGCGGCGGGAGAAGCAUACCCUUGGGCAGAUAUGUUUAAUUGUGAACGCUUUUUUGUGGGGACGAACGCAACGUGAGGAUAUGGCGAGCGUGUGAGUCUGGUGAUUUGUGUGGAAACUGCUUUGGGCGGUGAGUCACCAUACAAAUGUUCGGAGUGUGUCGGCUUCACGCACUGUCGAGAUACC